GGAAUCUGCUAGCAAGAGGAAAUUCUAAAAUCCUCGGAGCAGUUGCAGGCAGCGUGUGCUGGGGAGCAGGAGUGCGGGUGUGGUGUGGAGAGCGUGAGCAUGCGUGCGUGUGUAAGAGUGUGAGAGCGAGGGGCAGACUUCCCAUAUGGACUAAAACCCUGAGAUGCAUAAGCUGGAGGUGGGGAACCUGUGCUGUGUGGACACAUGAAGGCUGCUACACAGUGUAGCUCGGACGCUGUGAGUUUCAAGAAUCUGGUGAAAGGGAGAGAGUGGACAAUGAAAAUGGACAUGGAGGAUGCUGACAUGACUCUGUGGACAGAGGCUGAUUUUGAAGAGAAGUGCACAUAUAUUGUAAAUGAUCACCCGCUGGAUCCCAGUGCCGAUGGAGGCACCCUAACUCAGGCAGAGGCUUCCUUGCCAAGGAACUUGACUUUCAAAUACUCAUCUAACUGCAAAGAGGUCACUGGAGUUAUAAGCAAAGAGUACAUCCCGAAAGGAACACGCUUUGGACCCCUGGUAGGAGAGAUCUAUACCAGUGAUACGGUUCCCAAGAAUGCAAACAGAAAAUACUUUUGGCGGAUCUAUUCAAGUGGUGAACUUCACCACUUCAUUGAUGGAUUUAACGAGGACAAGAGCAACUGGAUGCGUUAUGUAAACCCUGGCUACUCUGUUCAGGAGCAGAACUUGGCUGCUUGUCAGAAUGGAAUGAACAUCUACUUCUAUACCAUCAAGCCCAUCCCUGCCAACCAAGAGCUGCUUGUGUGGUACUGCCGAGACUUUGCAGAGAGGCUGCACUAUCCCCCCUCCAGAGAGCUGACAAUGAUGAACCUCACACAAACCCACAUUAAUCCAAAGCAGCACAGCGCUGAUAAAGAUGAGCUUUAUCAGAAAAGCGUCCCAAAGAAGGAGCACAGUGUGAAAGAAAUCCUGAAAAUGGAAUCCAAUCCUCCUAAAGGAAAAGACUUCUUUCAGACCAACAUUUCACCAGUUACUCCAGAAAAAGACUUGGAUGAUUUACGUAAGAACUAUAGCCCGGAGAGGUGUUUCUUCCCUCGAGUUGUCUACCCGAUCCGACCUCACAUUCCAGAAGACUAUCUGAAAGCUUCCUUAGCAUAUGGCAUGGACAGACCCGGCUACAUUACUCACUCGCCCAUCCAGGCAUCUACUACACCAAGUCCUUCUGGGAGGAGCAGCCCAGACCAAAGUUUAAAAAGUUCAAGCCCUCACAGUAGUCCAGGGGUCACAGUUUCACCUCUGGCACCUACUUCCCAAGAGCACAGAGAGCCAUACUCUUACUUGAACGGAUCAUAUGGCUCAGAAGGAUUGGGGUCUUAUCCUGGAUAUGCACCCCCUGGCCACCUCUCACCUGCCUUUCUGCCGUCCUAUAACCCCCAUUACCCCAAAUUUCUGUUACCUCCAUUCAACAUGAGCUGUAAUAACCUGAGCGCUUUGAACAAUAUCAAUGGCAUCAACAAUUUCAAUCUCUUCCCGAGGAUGUACCCUCUUUAUGGCAACCUUCUCAGUGGAGGUAGCCUUUCCCACCACAUGCUCAACCCCACCACGCUCCCCAGCUCAUUGCCCAGCGAAGGAGGCCGUCGACUGCUGCAGCCUGAUCAUCCGAGAGACUUCCUCAUACCAGCACCCAACAGUGCCUUCUCGAUCACGGGCGCUGCUGCCAGCAUGAAGGACAAGCCAUGCAGCCCUACCAGUGGGUCCCCCACCGCUGGUACAGCAGCCAGUUCGGAACACAUAAUGCAACCUAAACCUACCUCAGUGGUGUUGGCUGCCACCGGCGGUGAAGAAGCCAUGAAUCUCAUUAAAAGUAAGAGGAAUGUGACCGGUUACAAAACCCUCCCGUACCCACUGAAAAAGCAGAAUGGGAAGAUCAAGUACGAAUGCAACGUUUGCUCCAAGACCUUUGGCCAGCUCUCCAAUCUGAAGGUGCACCUCCGAGUACACAGCGGAGAGAGACCAUUUAAAUGCCAGACUUGCAAUAAGGGCUUCACGCAGCUGGCUCACCUCCAGAAGCACUAUCUGGUACACACGGGAGAAAAGCCCCACGAGUGUCAGGUUUGUCACAAGCGGUUCAGCAGCACCAGCAAUCUCAAAACCCACCUGCGGCUCCACUCUGGAGAGAAGCCUUACCAGUGCAAGCUCUGCCCAGCCAAAUUCACCCAGUUUGUGCACCUGAAGCUGCACAAGCGUCUCCACACCCGGGAACGCCCCCAUAAAUGCAUCCACUGCCACAAGAGCUACAUUCACCUCUGCAGCCUCCAGGUCCACCUGAAGGGCAACUGCCCCGUCGCCCCGGCCUCCGGCCUCUCCAUGGAGGACCUGAACCGGAUCAACGAGGAGAUCGAGAAGUUCGACAUCAGCGACAAUGCUGACAAGCUGGAAGAAGUGGAGGACAAUAUCGACUUGACAUCCAUCGUGGAGAAGGAUAUACUGACCAUGCUCAGGAGGGAAAUGGAAGGAGCUAACCUGAAAGUCUCUCUACAGAGGAACCUGGGAAAUGGGCUUAUCUCCUCAGGAUGCAACCUUUAUGAGUCGUCAGAUAUGUCAGUUAUGAAGUUGCCUCACGGUCACCCACUACCUCUGUUACCUGUAAAGGUCAAGCAAGAAACAAUUGAACCAAUGGACCCUUAAGACUUUUUGGCAAAGUGAUUUUUUUUUUUUUAUUUAUGACUUGGCAAGUCAGGGUGCCUGUAGCAGUUGCUUGUACAUAGUUUCAAUGCUGCAAAGCAAUCUUGGCUUACAGUAGUUUCCCUACGCUCUCCAGCUGAAAGAAGGAACUCCAAAGUUACUGUUUUCUCAGGGCAUAAAAAGGGGCAAAGGACUGUGCAUUGCCUCGCCAGUUACUAAGAGACAAUCAUCUAUCCAUAAUUAU